CCACUGCAGGCAGUGAUGGCUUCAGGAAAAGACACUUGUCCUACCUUACCUAAACUGGCCAACAACUGCUCUGAUGAGAAUUCCUAUAAGCCUGCUAUCAAGUAUGAGGAGAUUCAUUUGCCGCGGUUUUCAUUAAAGCAAGGGAUGAUCCCAAGACAUUAUGUUAUGCCUUGGAAAGAAAGCAUGAAAUUCAGGAAUGUGUAUCUGAAGCAAGCAGAAGCAUGUGGGAUUCAUACUGGCCCUUUGGAAGACUCUCUGUUUUUAAAUCACAGUGAAAGACUCUGCCAUGGGGAAAAUCGUAAAGUUGUCUUGAAGAAAGUUCCGCCAGAAAUAAAAAUCACGGAUAUGCCUUUGCACUCACCUCUUUCCAGGUACCAAAGCACUGUGAUUUCCCAUGGCUUCCGGAGGCGACUAAUCUGAUGGAAGAAGAAUAAAGUAAUGAAGUGUUUCAAUCUC